AUGCAUUUUAUGGCCCUGCUAGGCCCAUUGGCCUUUGCUGAGCUGCUUCGCACAGUGAAGGCCGACUGCUUGGGUGAUUGUCCCGAAGGCCAUCAUCUAAUCAAGAUCCAGCCAGUAAUCAUCACCUACCCGGAGAAGGGUCUCGCAUCCAACACCGCCUUCACUAGCACCGAGUCCCUUCCUUGCGAGGAUGAAUACAUCACGACGACCAUCCCCGGCCCAUUUCCUACUACUUACACGAUUCCUCCGACUGGUACCAACCCAGGGUCCGUGGUCAUCGAAACACCUACGUGGACGACGAUCACAACUCCCGGUAGCGUGCUGACCACCGAGACGAUCCCACCUAAAGGGACAACGCCUGGCACCGUUAUUAUCCAUACGCCUACCUCGGAGCCUCCAACCUCGGCACCGCCCGAGACCUGGAUUACGAGAACGACUCCUGGUAGCAUUUGGACCACUGAAUCGAUUCCGCCUAAGGGGACAACGCCUGGUAUGGUUAUUAUCCAUACGCCUACGUCUGAGCCCCCUACAUCGUCGGAGCCACCUGAAAGCUGGAUUACGAGGACGACCCCUGGUAGCAUUUUGACCACUGAAACAAUUCCGCCCAAGGGGACCACGCCGGGUUCUGUCAUCAUUCACACGCCGACCUCUGAGGCCCCUACAUCGUCGGAGCCACCCGAGAGCUGGGUGACAAGGACGACGCCAGGUAGCAUUUUGACCACUGAAUCGGUACCGCCUGAAGGUACUACGCCUGGUACUGUCAUCAUUCACACGCCGACUUCCGAGCCUCCCACAUCCGAGCCCCCUGAGAGCUGGGUCACUCGGACGACCCCGGGUAGCGUGCUCACCACUGAGUCGAUACCUCCAGAGGGCACCACUCCCGGCACCGUGAUUAUCCACACACCUACCAGUUCGCCCCGUCUUCCUAUCACGACUCCCGUGACGUUCUCCAACAGUUCGAAGGCUCCGCCCCCAACCAUCACGACGACGACGACGGAUAGCAUAAUCACCACUGAGACUAUUCCAGGCGCUGGAACUACUCCUGGUUCCGUCAUUAUUCACACAUCUGUGCCUGAAUCAUGGAUCACGAUUACAUCGCCCGGCCCUGAAGAUUUUACUACCACCGUGGCCACCCCUGAUGGGACUACACCAGGCACCGUCGUGAUCGAGACUCCAUCUUGGACUACUUACACUACCGAGGGCACCGUGGCUACAACAAAGUCCAUCCCUCCUGAGGGGACAAAUCCAGGUACCGUCGUCAUUGAGACAACGCCACCAGCCAUUCCUGAGUCCUGGGUCACGAUUACAAGCCCUGGGCCUGAAGAUCUAACCACUACUGUGGCUACACCUGAGGGUACAACUCCGGGUACUGUGAUAAUCGAGACAUCUUCCUGGACUACUUACACGACCGAGGGCACUGUGGCUACAACAAAGACUAUUCCUCCUGAGGGGACGAAUCCGGGCACCGUCGUCAUCGAGACGACGCCACCAGGCAUUCCUGAGACAACAUCACCAGCUGUUCCUGAGACAACAUCACCAGCUGUUCCUGAGACAACGUCGCCAGCCAUCCCUGAGUCGUGGGUCACGAUUACGAGCCCUGGGCCUGAAGACUUAACCACUACUGUGGCCACGCCUGAAGGUACAACUCCUGGCACCGUGAUAAUUGAGACAUCUUCCUGGACGACGUAUACGACCGAGGGCAACAUCGCGACAACGAAGACUAUUCCGCCUGAAGGGACGAAUCCGGGUACCGUCAUUAUCGAGACUCCUGCACCGACUCUCGAGUGCGACAGGUAUGGCUACCUGAUUCAAGCAGCUUAUCUAUACAGGGUCAAUAUCGAAACGGGUGCCACCGAACCUGUGGGUACAGAGUUGAUCCCUGGCGCAAGCAUCAAUGCUUUGGGAUACAAUGCUCUUGACAACUACCUCUAUGGACUUGACAACAACAACCACAAUAUAGUUCGCAUUUCGAAUAACGGGACAGCCCAGAACGUCGUGGGCGUCACCGUUCAGAGUGUUGUCGGUGACAUUGAUAAUGAGGGCUGCUACUGGGUGCUGGACUCUGCGUACAAAUACUACAAGUUUGACCUAAAGCCCGGCUCCAGCACAUACGGCACCGUUCUUGACCAAGGCCAGACGACCAAUUCCGACAAGGUACCGAGACUCCUCGACUGGGUGUACCUCCCAAACCAUGGGCGUCAGCUGUGGUCUAUCUUUCCGGUACCAAAUGCGGGCGAGAUCCGCAUGGUCCGCUUUGAUAUGACUACCCAUGCAUUCUUCGUCGUGCGGACCUGGAAAUCCGACUUGGACCACAGUUUCGGUGCUGCAUGGGGGCAGAACCCAUCAACCGUCUACAUCUCCGACAACAGCAACGGCGAAAUCUGGGCUUAUGAUGUUACAAAUGCCAGCCGCCGCAAGGUUUCUGUAGGGCCGGUAUCCUCGAUCAACGACGGUGCUCGCUGUGUCGCGAAUGUUAAUGCAGAGACGUAA